GCCGCCGGGCUGGAAGCUGGGAUAAUGGCGGCGUAUUGAUGGCAGUGUUAUUUUUUUGUUGCGCGUUGUUUCCUAUCACCUCGAGAGAAGCCGAAAAGGAUAGGGAGGGAGAAGAGGGGGGGACGAGACGCUCUGUCUCUUGGCCGACUGAAGAGGGUUGCGGAGUAUGAGUUCUUUUUAAAGAAGACAUUCGGCCUGUCCUACCUUAGAAUAACAAAACAAUAAUCGAGCCCUCCCGCACCGCUCUUGGAAAAGACACUGUUUAAUUUUCGCUGCCGCCCGUCCUACCACAUCCCCCCUCGCCUCCUGUCACAGCAAUGGCCGGAUUGAGGGUGAUCAUGAGCGGAGUGAGAGAGAAGCUGGAGGCGGUGCUGAAUGUGGCCCUGCGGGUGCCCAGCAUUAUGGUGCUGGAGAUGCUGUACCGAUGGGACGUGAGCUCCUUCUUCCAGCAGAUCCAGAGCCGGAAUAACAACAACCUUCUCUUCCAGUACAAAUACUUGGCUCUGAACCUUCACUAUGUCGGUUAUAUAAUAAGUCUCGUUCUCCUCACUUUGCCUCGGCAGCAUUUGGUCCAGCUAUAUCUAUAUGUUUUGACUGCGCUACUUUUAUACGCUGGGCACCAAAUUUCUCGUGACUUUGUGAGGAGUGAGAUAGAGUUUGGCCAUGAUGGACCUGUGUAUGAGGAACCUUUGUCCCUGAACCGUUUCACCACAGCUUUGAUAGGGCAGCUGGUAGUCUGCACACUUUGCUCCUUCGUUAUGAAGACUAAACAGAUCUGGCUAUUUUCUGCCCAUCUGCUACCUUUACUGGCACGAUUCUGCAUGGUUCCUGUGGAAAUGCUCAUCAUUAUCAACAGGUUUGCCAUGAUUUUCACAGGACUGGAGGUACUUUAUUUCCUCGCCUCUAAUCUGUUGGUACCUUACAAGCUGGCUAAAUUGGCAUACAAGGAACUGGUGCAGGUAGUUGAAGUUUAUGGACUAUUGGCAUUGGGGAUGUCUCUCUGGAAUCAGUUGGUUGUUCCUGUGCUGUUCAUGGUUUUCUGGCUGGUCCUAUUUGCUCUACAGAUUUACUCUUACUUCAGUACACGUGAUCACCCCACAUCUCGUGAGAGACUGCUAUUCCUCUUUCUUACGAGUAUUGCUGAAUGUUGCAGCACUCCUUAUUCUUUGUUGGGCCUCAUGUUCACCAUCUCCUUCAUUACCUUGGGUGUCCUGACUCUUUGCAAGUUCUACCUUCAAGGUUAUGGAGCUUUCAUGAAUGACAAUCUCAUGCAUAGAGGAAUGACUGAAGGUAUCACAUUACUGAUUCUGGCGGUACAGACUGGCCUGAUUGAAUUACAAGUUGUUCAUCGUGCCUUUCUGCUGAGUAUCAUUCUCUUUAUUGUGGUGGCUUCCAUCCUUCAGUCAAUGUUAGAAAUUGCUGACCCUAUCGUUCUUGCACUUGGAGCCUCAAGAAACAAGAGUCUGUGGAAACAUUUUCGAGCCGUCAGUCUGUGUUUGUUCCUGUUGGUGUUCCCUGCCUAUAUGGCCUACAUGAUUUCUCAAUUUUUCCAAAUGGACUUCUGGCUUCUGAUCAUCAUCUCCAGUAGUGUUCUGACUUCCUUACAGGUCCUUGGAACACUUUUCAUUUAUAUCCUUUUUAUGGUGGAGGAAUUCAGUAAAGAACCAAUGGAAAACCUUGACGAUGUGAUCUACUAUGUGAAUGGCACAUAUCGCUUGCUCGAAUUCCUGGUGGCUUUGUGUGUUGUCGCUUACGGAGUAGCGGAGACAAUAUUAGGGGAGUGGACGUGGAUGGGUUCAUCCAUCAUCUUUGUCCAUUCCUACUUCAAUGUCUGGCUUCGAGCACAGUUGGGAUGGAAGAGCUUUCUUCUCCGCAGGGAUGCAGCAAAUAAGAUCAACUCUCUGCCAACUGCCACUAAAGAGCAGCUUGAAGAGCACAAUGACAUUUGUUCCAUCUGUUACCAGGAUAUGCAUUCAGCUGUGAUUACACCAUGCAGCCAUUUCUUUCACUCUGCCUGUCUCAAGAAGUGGCUAUAUGUGCAAGAAACGUGCCCAUUUUGUCAUCAGCAGCUAAAAUCUCAAGGACAGCAGGUUGGUGCAACAACAGUGCAAGGGCCUGGAGAGCAAUUGCCCCAUAAUGAGACAAGAGCGACGCAAGAAUUGGUUGGACAAGUGGAUGUGCCUGCUGGUAAUGAUUCUGUUCUAGCCCUCCAUUCUGAAGAUGGUCUUGUGGGACAGAAAGCUCAAAAUACUGAUUGCAGUUCACUUGGAAAUCCAGGCAUAGGUGAACAUCGAUGUGAGCAAAAUGGCUCUCACGCUGGCAAAAUUGAGUUUUCACAUCCAGCAGAACUUUGUGAGGAUGAAGAUCAACAAUUGUCUAAUACAGUAGAGUUUCAAUAAACAAUGCAUGGAGGUGGCGAAUGCCCAUGUAAGGGAACUGUAUGAAGCAGAGUGUCACUGUAACCUGCCGUGAUACUGCAGCAAUGUUAAAGCCUUAAAACAAUGUAGGCGAUGGCUUUAUGUUUGAAGUUGACAGCUUAAGCAGGAAAUGAUAUGCAUUUACAGAGAAACCGAAUGUAAUGUUCUCACAAGCAGGUCUGGAGACAUUUUGUAAGAAGGGAUCUAAUGAAUUUGUGGCCACAUCAUCUUUACAGUAUUAGACACAACCAUGGCAAGAUGGGGAGGUUGUUUUUGCUAGACGUUUUGUAGGCAUGAAAUAAUAAUUAGAUUGACUGACGUAUUAUAUUUAUAUAUAAUUAGAAGCUUUAAGCAUGGUUAGAGGUACAUGCUGCAAGCAGACUUUUUAAAAAAAAAUUAAAAUUUUUGUAGCUCGAUAUUCAGCAACUGUGAUCGCACUGUCAUAGUUUAUAGUGCAUUUCCAAAGUAUUUAAUGAGUACCUGAUGAAUGGUGCGUGAAUAACUUUGGCUUGUACUUAACCUGCUCAAUGAAGUAGACUGGAGAUUUUAUGAACACUUUGAUUCCUUUGAAGUUCUUGAAGGGUCACAAGUGGGAUGAACUGCAGGAUACAGAUAAGAGCAGAGUUGCACGAUGAAUAUGGCGCGUUUGACUUUUGACGCCUGAGGGGUACAGUGUUAUUUUUCAGUUGACAAUUAUGAUUUGUGGAAAUGAUUACAUUAAAUUGUAUGAUGAAACAAAGCAAAAGUAAAAAAGCCAUUUUGUAGCUCUGAUAGAAUUUGCACACUUUUUUUUGGAGGAAGGGAGCUAUCAGUGACCCAUUUCCCUAAUUCAUCAUGGCUUAAGUAGGUAGGCUCACAUUUAAUAUAAUUUUACUGUGUGCUUUUGAACAAAAAAGGGAAACUUGAUUUUUUCCAAUAAGUGAACCAGAGAGUUGAGAGUCUUACUCUAUAGCUUUUGAAAAUUGUGAACAAUUUGCAAAGAACCAGGCUGGCAUUAAAUAAUAAACGUGAGAUCAUGGUUCAAAUUAUUCUGACAGUUCCUCUGGGGUGUUAUUUUGAGAAUGUGCAUGUCUGAAUAAAUACA